GGACCUAGAAAAUAACAGGAAGGGAAAGUAGGGAAGAGGAAAAAAAAAAAACCCCGAGAUCCUGUUUUCAGUCGCUGCCCGAGGAAUAAUUUGGAGGAGAAGGAUCCAUAUUUCUGCGGCGGCGGCGGCGGGAUGGAGCGGGCGGCGUGAGCGCGGGGGCUCCGUCUUGGGCAGCGCGGGGGCUCCUGCUCGCCCGCACCGCCCCGCCGGGGACCCGCCGGCAGCUGCACCCGCCGGGCGGCCUCGGGGACCGAGCGCGGGCCGCCUCCCCUCCCCCCGCUCCGCACACGCUCGCGCUCGCGCACCCCCGUCCCUCCUCUCCGCUCCGCGCCGCUCCGCUCCGCGCCCGCCGCCGCCGCCGAGCCAGCCCGUCCCUGCCCGCGCCCGGCCGCGCCGCGCCGCGCCGCGCCGCACCGCACCGCACCGCACCGCACCCGGCCCGGCCCGGCCCGGCGGCGCUCCCCGGGGGAUGGCUCGCCCGAGGCCCCGAGAAUACAAGGCGGGAGACCUGGUGUUCGCCAAGAUGAAGGGCUACCCGCACUGGCCGGCCAGGAUCGAUGAACUCCCUGAGGGAGCCGUGAAGCCUCCAGCAAAUAAAUACCCCAUCUUCUUUUUUGGGACUCAUGAAACUGCUUUCCUGGGCCCCAAGGACCUCUUCCCAUAUAAAGAAUAUAAAGAUAAGUUUGGGAAGUCGAACAAACGAAAAGGAUUUAAUGAAGGCCUGUGGGAAAUAGAAAACAACCCUGGAGUCAAGUUUACUGGAUACCAGGCAAUUCAGCAACAGAGCUCAUCAGAAACUGAGGGAGAAGGAGGAAAUACAGCAGAUGCCAGCAGUGAGGAGGAAGGUGAUCGGGUAGAAGAGGAUGGAAAAGGCAAAAGAAAGAAUGAAAAAGCCGGUUCAAAACGAAAAAAAUCCUACACUUCAAAGAAAUCCUCCAAGCAGUCACGGAAAUCUCCCGGAGAUGAAGAUGAUAAGGACUGCAAAGAGGAAGAAAAUAAGAGCAGCUCUGAUGCUGGAGACGCAGGCAACGACACAAGAAACACUUCUUCAGAUUUGCAGAAAACCAGUGAAGGGACUUAACCAACAUAAUGACUGCUGAACAUUAAGGGAAAACACAAGAAGGUUACAUGUUUGGUUGUCUAAUAUUCUUGGAUUUGAUAUGAGUCACCACAUCUAUUCAUUAGUAUCAUCAACAACAUCCCAGUUUGUAUGCACAUUAUUCACAUUCCUAUCUGUUGUGUUUGCAGAAAUGACAUUUUACCCUUUUUCUAAGGGUUACCUUUUGAUUUUCAUAUUUGGUUGCAUGAAGUUGCCCUUUUCCAGUGGCUGAGGUUUAUGAAGAUAUUGCAGACUUGUACACAUUUUAGAUGCCUUUUCUAAAGAGAAAAGGUGAAACUCCAAAUUAAAUCAUUUUAAGUCAGCAUUUUUUUAAAAACAAGUAAACCUUAAAAAUGAGUUUCCUACAUGCAAAACCACAAGAAUCUAUUCCACCUACAAACAUAACUUUUAAUUACUCUAUAACCAUCCUUUCUUGUUUUUUAAUUAGUUACAACAUGAAAGAAAAAUUCUCCUUCAGUUAAGAUCAUUGCAAAGGUCAAUAAUGUAAUAAAAUACCUUUCCUUAUUAGAAGUACCUAGCUAGUUAUACUCUUACUACUUCUCAAAAUCAUGAUGUAAUGUACACUAUCUGACUUAGUUCCUAUAUGUGGAGUUAGUGAAAGUCUUUUUGUGUUUCUUAGAUUAAUACAAGGAUUUUUUCCAAUGCCAACACAAUUUGAGCUCAUUCAUUUGGAUGCUUUACAUUUUUAAGCUUAUUGUGAUACAGAACCCUAUGGGAAACCAAAACAAAACAUCAAAUUUUGAAUACUGAAAGGCUUAAAAAAAGGAUCCUGUCAUUCUUCUGAUUUUUUUUUUUUCUUUUUGGAAAUAGAACUAGACUAGUAAGUAAGCAUUCCAAAACCAUUAUUCUGUGUACAUUAUUGUUGCUAUUGUGAUAAUAGAGAAUUUUAUUUAUUUUUAUGCCAGCUUUUAUUGUGAAAACAUAUUUAGUCUGGUUUUAUCAAUCCUUGUUAUGCUUGUCCUUGGAACAUCUUUUGCGUAUUCAAGGUUUGUAGUUGACGAGUUUACUGUAAAAAAAAAAACAAAACAAAAACAAAACAAAAAAAUGUAUUGUUUUUACAGAAUAAAUUUAUUGGAAUGUGUAUUGGGAGUAAGGUUUGAGGUUGUAAGCAACUAAGUUAGCGUCAUAUUUGGCUUCAUACGUGUAAUAAUGUGAGGUAUUAAUGUAACUCAAGUAUUAAAGCAAAACAUUCUGUUAACACUGAGUUGAAAAUAGAUACAAGUGCAGGUGAGAUCUUUAUUUUUUUUCUGUACAUUGCCUUUUUUUGGAUAACAGGAGGUUAUUAAAUUCACCUUGACUGUAUUCCAAGUUUCUUUGAGAGCAUUAGAGCUAAUGCUGAGGGCAUGAUACCUACUUGUAAGACAGCAUGUGCUACCAUAGAUCCUUGGGGAGGACGUAGUGGGAUGGAGCUGACCUGAAUUGUAAUAUAGAUGGGAGGAUUCCACACCCAAAAAACCUGGGAUCUGGAGGAGAUCAUUUUAUAAGCUCCUUUUUGCCAAAAAAGUAUUGACUGAUAUGUGCUGUCCCUUGCCAUUUUGGCUGGAGGGGGACAGCAUACAUUCUUUCUUCUGAGCACUGCUGUGAACAACCCUGCGGGGUUUAACUGGCAACUGUCGAAGGUAUGAAUUUUUCCCUGUUUUGAAAGUUCCCGUGCAUAGUGUGAAACAUGCAUGUGCAUGAGCCGAUGCUUUUCUUUCAUUAAUGCUCAGACUGGAAAGAAAGGAAAAUGCUGUAAAUCAAACCUUCCAGCAAUUCAGCACCCAAGACUAAAAUGUUCCCAGUUAAAUUUAUCAAUUAUUUUUAUCCACAGAAGAGGCACAAAAAUGUACUAUUUUUAGCAUAAACUCAUGAAAUGUAAUAGCUAUAGUUCUGAUUGCAGUGAAAAUGUAAAGCCCCCAAACCUCUCACUAAGUUCUAUAUUAGCUGCGGCUUGUUUAUGGCAAAACCUCACUAGCAAAGUGGCUGCAAAGAGAAGCGCAACAGAAAGCCUCCUCUGAAAAUGCUUGGUUGUAUUUAAAAUCCCAAUUCCUCAUUGUUCUGAGCACUGGCCCCAACUGAGCAACAUGUGUAAGUACAUGCCCAGCUUCAAGCAUCUGAGAAGUCCUCGCAGAAUAGAGCCCUUAGACAGCACUGAUUGAACUGAUUUGAUUUGCUUCUUUCAUGUAGAGAGUUGUAUAUUAAAAGUCAAUAGCGUCUUAAAAGAUUUCUUGAGAUUUUUAACAUGGCUGACCCACAAGAAAUUCCUUUUGACUAAUAAAACAUGUGCAUGUGA